AUGGCGCUUAACAGACUGUGCUUUGUGUUCGCGAUAUUGACGUGUGUUUCGGCUAUAGUUGGCCCGGCAGCUAAUAGCUCUAAAGUAGUCGUUGUUACUAAAGCAGAUACUUACCUCGACGCGUAUUCGAAAUCGCGAGUAGACGCAGAGGAAGCUAAGAAAGGUGUUGUUAUAGUAACGGCCAGAGACGGCGAAAAGAAACUGACAAAUCGUGAUGAUAGUUACAGUGGAUACGAUUACACGCCAUCGUAUUCAAGCGGUGAUAGUUACUCAUCAGGACCAUCGAACAGCUAUUUGCCUUCAAGCAACCAUGGGCCGGUGAAAUUUGAGCCAGAAAUCACGUAUAAUGCUCCCGCGAAUACAUACGGGCCACCGUCUUCAAGCUAUGGACCUCCAUCAUCCAAUUACGGUCCACCUUCAAGCGGCCCAUCGCCUAGCUAUGGUCCACCACAAUCUUAUGGGCCUCCAACACCUGUAUAUGGGCCUCCAAUACACAAACCCUCACCUCCGCCCUACGGUCCACCUCUGAAACCGUUCUAUGGUGUCCCAUACACCGCGCCCGGUCUCAGUUUCUUCGACAAAUUAUCAUUAAAGUUAGACAUCCUGACCAUCGCUAAACUGAUGCUUAAGUUCCUUAUAUUCAAGAAGAUUGUUACCAUGAUCGCUGUAGUGUGCAUGCUACUCGUUAUACCUAAAUUAAUAUCUUUUAAAAAAGAUAAAACUGGUGACGAGGGCGGCGAUGAAGAUGAACGUAGAUUCGGUGGAAGACAUCUUAUGGAGUUAACCUCAGCUCAACAAUUAUUGGACCGCGCGAUGUAUGUGUACGGACACCAGCGGCCGGACUGCGGGUUCGCGUGUCGCGUGAGACGCGUUUUAGACGAUGUAUACGAAUAUCAACCUUAUUUCAGAUUGCACCUUGCUCAUUACUAA